UGGGCGGGGUUUGCGCGGCUGAGCAGAGCCUGCCUGGUUGCGGGGAGGGUUGUUUUAUUCCCACCGCCCCCCACCUUUUUUUUUUUUUUUUUUUUUNUUCUGGAGUCUUAUUAAUUUCUCUGUGGGGCUGCAGCUGGAGACCGCGGAGCGUUGGAAAUGACGCUCGGAGCUUUAAUUACUGCAGCCGCCGGACAAGUGUGAGGAACGCUGACAGGAAAACGGACAGGAUCUGGGGAGAAGCGAGAAGCUCCCCCCGCCCCGCUCCCCUCCCGAUUUGGACUGAAGGUACAAGGAAACUGAAGAAGGAGCCCAACAUAGCCCUGCUGCUGGGAGAGGCCGGAAACCUACCGCCUCUUUGCAAUCAACUUUUUUUGGAAACCUUUCUCCCCCCCUUCCUUUUUUAUUGUUGACCAACCAGUGAGAGAGAGAGAAAGUGAGGAGGGAGCGAGCAAGCGAAGGCUCACGCGGGGAAAUAGCUGCACAGUCCGGCCCGGAGCGCCACGCGCACACACCGUGCACACUCCCACACGCGCACACACGCCCCCUCCUCGGGCUCCGGACCUGGACCUGCCGGCGCGGACUCGGUCGCCCGCCCUGGGAGUCGCUACACCGCGCGCGCCGCGCCCGCCCCCCUCGCGCCCUCACGCGCGCCCGGCUGUGGGAUCUCCUCCGCGUGCCCGAAAGGGGGAUAUGCCAUUUGGACAUGUAACUGUCAGCACGGGAUCUGAGACUUCCAAAAAAUGAAGCCGGCGACAGGACUUUGGGUCUGGGUGAGCCUUCUCGUGGUGGCGGGGACCGUCCAGCCCAGCGCUUCUCAGUCAGUGUGCGCGGGAACUGAAAAUAAACUGAGCUCUCUGUCUGACCUGGAACAGCAGUACCGAGCCUUGCGCAAGUACUAUGAAAACUGUGAGGUCGUCAUGGGCAACCUGGAGAUAACCAGCAUUGAGCACAACCGGGACCUCUCUUUCCUGCGGUCUGUUCGAGAAGUCACAGGCUAUGUGUUAGUGGCUCUUAAUCAGUUUCGUUACCUGCCUCUGGAGAAUUUACGCAUUAUUCGUGGGACAAAACUUUAUGAGGACCGAUAUGCCUUGGCAAUAUUUUUAAACUACAGAAAAGAUGGAAACUUUGGACUUCAGGAACUAGGAUUAAAGAACUUGACAGAAAUCCUAAAUGGUGGAGUCUAUGUAGACCAGAACAAAUUCCUUUGUUAUGCAGACACCAUUCAUUGGCAAGAUAUUGUUCGGAAUCCUUGGCCUUCCAACUUGACUCUUGUGUCAACAAAUGGUAGUUCAGGAUGUGGACGUUGCCAUAAGUCCUGUACUGGCCGUUGCUGGGGACCCACAGAAAAUCAUUGCCAGACUUUGACAAGGACCGUGUGUGCAGAACAAUGUGACGGCAGAUGCUACGGACCCUACGUCAGUGACUGCUGCCAUCGAGAAUGUGCUGGAGGAUGCUCAGGACCUAAGGACACAGACUGUUUCGCCUGCAUGAAUUUCAAUGACAGUGGAGCAUGUGUUACUCAGUGUCCCCAGACCUUUGUCUACAAUCCAACCACCUUUCAACUGGAGCACAAUUUCAAUGCAAAGUACACGUAUGGAGCAUUCUGUGUCAAGAAAUGUCCACAUAACUUUGUGGUAGAUUCCAGUUCUUGUGUGCGUGCCUGCCCUAGUUCCAAGAUGGAAGUAGAAGAAAAUGGGAUUAAAAUGUGUAAACCUUGCACUGAUAUUUGCCCAAAAGCUUGUGAUGGCAUUGGCACAGGAUCACUGAUGUCAGCUCAGACUGUGGAUUCCAGUAACAUUGACAAAUUCAUAAACUGUACCAAGAUCAAUGGGAAUUUGAUCUUUUUAGUCACUGGUAUUCAUGGGGACCCUUACAAUGCAAUUGAAGCCAUAGACCCAGAGAAACUGAAUGUCUUUCGGACAGUCAGGGAGAUAACAGGUUUCUUGAACAUACAGUCAUGGCCCCCAAACAUGACUGACUUCAGUGUUUUUUCUAACCUGGUGACCAUUGGUGGAAGAGUACUCUAUAGUGGCCUCUCCUUGCUUAUCCUCAAGCAACAGGGCAUCACCUCUCUACAGUUCCAGUCCCUGAAGGAAAUCAGCGCAGGAAACAUCUAUAUUACAGACAACAGCAACCUAUGUUAUUAUCAUACCAUUAACUGGACAACACUCUUCAGCACAAUCAACCAAAGAAUAGUAAUCCGGGACAAUAGAAAAGCUGAAAACUGUACUGCCGAAGGAAUGGUGUGCAACCAUCUGUGUUCAAGUGACGGCUGUUGGGGACCUGGGCCAGACCAAUGCCUGUCUUGUCGUCGCUUCAGUAGAGGAAGGAUCUGCAUAGAGUCUUGUAACCUCUAUGACGGUGAAUUUCGGGAGUUUGAGAAUGGCUCCAUCUGUGUGGAGUGUGACCCCCAGUGUGAGAAGAUGGAAGAUGGCCUCCUCACAUGCCAUGGACCGGGUCCUGACAACUGUACAAAGUGCUCUCAUUUUAAAGAUGGCCCAAACUGUGUGGAAAAAUGUCCAGAUGGCUUACAGGGGGCAAACAGUUUCAUUUUCAAGUAUGCUGAUCCAGAUCGGGAGUGCCACCCAUGCCAUCCAAACUGCACGCAAGGGUGUAACGGUCCCACUAGUCAUGACUGCAUUUACUACCCAUGGACGGGCCAUUCCACUUUACCACAACAUGCUAGAACUCCCCUGAUUGCAGCUGGAGUAAUUGGUGGGCUCUUCAUUCUGGUCAUUGUGGGUCUGACAUUUGCUGUUUAUGUUAGAAGGAAGAGCAUCAAAAAGAAAAGAGCCUUGAGAAGAUUCUUGGAAACAGAGUUGGUAGAACCUUUAACUCCCAGUGGCACAGCACCCAAUCAAGCACAACUUCGUAUUUUGAAAGAAACUGAGCUGAAGAGGGUAAAAGUCCUUGGCUCAGGUGCUUUUGGAACAGUGUAUAAAGGUAUUUGGGUACCUGAAGGAGAAACUGUGAAGAUUCCUGUGGCUAUUAAGAUUCUUAAUGAGACAACUGGUCCCAAGGCAAAUGUGGAGUUCAUGGAUGAAGCUCUGAUCAUGGCAAGUAUGGAUCAUCCACACCUAGUUCGUUUGUUGGGUGUGUGUCUAAGCCCAACCAUCCAGCUGGUUACUCAGCUUAUGCCCCAUGGAUGCCUGUUGGAGUAUGUCCAUGAGCACAAGGAUAACAUUGGAUCACAACUGCUGCUUAACUGGUGUGUCCAGAUAGCUAAGGGAAUGAUGUACCUGGAAGAAAGACGGCUUGUUCAUCGGGAUUUGGCAGCCCGCAAUGUCUUAGUGAAAUCUCCAAACCAUGUGAAAAUCACAGAUUUUGGACUAGCCAGACUCUUAGAAGGAGAUGAAAAAGAGUACAAUGCUGAUGGAGGAAAGAUGCCAAUUAAAUGGAUGGCUCUGGAGUGUAUACAUUACAGGAAAUUCACCCAUCAGAGUGACGUUUGGAGCUAUGGAGUUACUAUAUGGGAACUGAUGACCUUUGGAGGAAAACCCUAUGAUGGAAUUCCAACUCGAGAAAUCCCUGAUUUAUUAGAGAAAGGAGAACGUUUGCCUCAACCUCCCAUCUGCACUAUUGACGUUUACAUGGUUAUGGUCAAAUGCUGGAUGAUUGAUGCUGACAGUAGACCUAAAUUUAAGGAACUGGCUGCCGAAUUUUCAAGGAUGGCUCGAGACCCUCAAAGAUACCUAGUUAUUCAGGGUGAUGAUCGUAUGAAGCUUCCCAGUCCAAAUGACAGCAAGUUCUUUCAGAAUCUCUUGGAUGAAGAAGAUUUGGAAGAUAUGAUGGAUGCUGAGGAGUACUUAGUCCCUCAGGCUUUCAACAUCCCACCUCCCAUUUAUACUUCCAGAGCAAGAAUUGACUCAAAUAGGAGUGAAAUUGGACACAGCCCUCCUCCUGCCUACACCCCCAUGUCAGGAAACCAGUUUGUAUACCGAGAUGGAGGCUUUGCUGCAGAACAAGGAGUGUCUGUGCCCUACAGAGCCCCGACUAGCACAAUUCCAGAAGCUCCUGUUGCACAGGGUGCUACAGCUGAGAUUUUUGAUGACUCCUGCUGUAAUGGCACCCUACGCAAGCCAGUGACACCCCAUGUCCAAGAGGACAGUAGCACUCAGAGGUACAGUGCUGACCCCACCGUGUUUGCCCCAGAACGGAGCCCACGAGGAGAGCUGGAUGAGGAAGGUUACAUGACUCCUAUGCGAGACAAAGCCAAACAAGAAUACCUGAAUCCAGUGGAGGAGAACCCUUUUGUUUCUCGGAGAAAAAACGGAGACCUUCCAGCAUUGGAUAAUCCUGAAUAUCACAACGCAUCCAAUGGUCCACCCAAGGCCGAGGACGAGUAUGUGAAUGAGCCACUAUACCUCAACACCUUUGCCAACGCCUUGGGAAAAGCUGAGUACCUGAAGAACAAUGUACUGUCUGUGCCAGAGAAGGCCAAGAAAGCAUUUGACAACCCUGACUACUGGAACCACAGCCUGCCACCUCGGAGCACCCUCCAGCACCCAGACUACCUGCAGGAGUACAGCACAAAAUAUUUUUAUAAACAGAAUGGGCGGAUCCGGCCUAUUGUGGCAGAGAAUCCUGAAUACCUCUCUGAGUUCUCCCUGAAGCCAGGCACUGUGCUGCCACCUCCACCUUACAGACACCGGAAUACUGUGGUGUAAGCUCAGUUGUUAUUUUUAGGUGGAGACACACACAUGCUCCAGUUUCCCCACCCCCCUCUCUUUCUCUGGUGGUCUUCCUUCUACUCCAAGGCCAGUAGUUUUGACACUUCCCAGUGGAAGAUAUAGAGAUGCAAUGAUAGUUAUGUGCUUAUCUAUCUUGAACACUAGAGGGAAAGACUGAAAGAGAAAGAUAGGAGGAACCACAGUGUUUCUUCAUUUCUCUGCAUGGGUUGGUCAGGAGAAUGAAACAGCUAGAGAAGGACCAGAAAAUGUAAGGCAAUACCGCCUACUAUCAAACUGGCUGUCACUUCUUUUNUUUUUUUUUUUUUUUUUUUUAAGCAGAUGGUUGAAACACCCAUGUUAUCUGUUCCUACCUGUGGGAACUGAUGUGUACAUACUGAGCAUCCCUGGAAAUCAUAAUAAAGUUUUCAUUAGAACAAAAAAAUAACAUUUUCUAUAACAUAUGAUAAUGUCGGAGAUUGAGAAACCAGUUUAUUUCUCCAACAGUUUCUGUCCUAGCAAGUAAGAAUGGCCAACCCAGCUUAUAAUUUAAAAAUCUUCAUCAAAGAUAUAACUAGUAAUUAUGUUUUGAAGGCUUUUUUUUCCAUUUUGUUUUCUAUGACCAAUUCUUUUAUAUAGUUGCUUCCCUAUUUUUGGCUUUAAUUUCUAAUUGCAAAGAUGUUUACGUCAAAGCUUCUUCACAGAAUUAAGCAAGAAAUAUUUUAAUAUGGUAAAAUGGCCACUAUUUUAAGUAUACAAUUUUUAAAAUAAGAAAGGGAGGCUAAUAUUUUUUUAUUUUACCUUUCAUUUUUCAUGCUAUCAAAUUAUCUUCACCCUCAUCCUUCAUAUUUUUCAACAUUUUUUUCUCCAUAAAUGACAGUACUUGAUAAGCAGUUGAUUGUCUGAAGUAUAGAACGGAAUCUAAGAGACAGUUUUGUGUAGUUCAAGAAAACUACUGAUACUUUCAGGGGUGGUCCAAUGAGGGAAUCUAUUGAACUGGAAGAAACACACUGGAUUGGGUAUGUCUACUUGGCAAAAACUCAGAAAUGUAGUUUGCACUUAAGCUGUAAUUUUAUUUGUUCUUUUUCUGAACUCCGUUUUGGAUUUUGAAUCAAGCAAUAUGGAAGCAACCAGCAAAUUAACUAAUUUAAGUACAUUUUUUAAAAAAGAGCUAAGAUAAAGACUGUGGAAAUGCCAAACCAAGCAAAUUAGGAAGCUUGCAACGGUAUCCAGGGACUGUGAUGAGAGGCCAGCACAUUAUCCCCAUAUGGCAUCACCUUUGCUACGCAAGGAAAUUUGUUCAGUUCGUAUACUUCAUAAGAAGGAAUGCAAGUAAGGAUUGGCUUGAAUUCCAUGGAAUUUCUAGUAUGAAACUCUAUAUGAAGAAGAAGGAAACUCUUUGCACAUAAAUUGGCAUAAUAAAAAGAAAAACACAAACAUUCAAGGCUUAUGGAUAGGUCCUUGGGUCAAAAGUUGUAAAUAAAUGUGAAAAAUCUUCUCAUGCAAUUAUUUUAUUAUCCAACACACGAAUCUUUUGAUACUUUAUAGAAUUCAUUUUCUUCAUAUACUACAUCUAGUACUAAAACCAUAUUUAUUAUGUAUCAUUUUGAAAGAAUACCUGAUGAGAUGAAGGAUGGGAACAAAUGACAGGAAUGAGUCUCCAGGUAAAUGGGGCCUCACAUCAAUAAUUAGGAAACUUAGAUAUAAAUCCCCCUUUUCUGAAAAUUCUACCCCAAGUCAUUUAGAUUUUUAAAAAAUAUUUCUUUCUAAUGUUAAAAUCUCGGGACCAAAUUAGAGUCAAUAGUGUAAGAUUAAUUAAUUAGAGUAAAAAUAGCUAUUAAAGCAGAGGGUUUAGAGAAAAAAAAAAUCAGAAGAAAUUUGUGUUUCUUCCUAUUCUGAACAAGUAAAUCCAUCCAUCCAUCCAUCCAUCCAAAACUCAUUUAUCCAACUAUCUACUAAAAGCACCAUGUUUUAUGGAAAACACCCAGAUAAAUGGAAGAUCAUCCCCAACUUCAAAAUUGUAUCAUCUAGGAGAUUUAAUUAGAAUGACAUUUUAAUUUUUCUGUGAGUUCAAAGAAUCAGAUUGCAUGGUCUCUUUUGGGAAUGGCUGUCAUAUAAUCAGUUGUUCAGUAAAGUAUCUCCUUUGAACUCAUUUGGGAAAUAAGUUAAACAUCCUUCAAAUUGUUGAAGUGGACAAAUACGAUAGUUUCAAUAUUAUUAUUCAAACAUAAGCUGGCCUAGAAGAAUGUUACAUCACUGGCUAAUUAGCCUAUAUAGAUUCUAACUUUGCCAUUAAACCAAAAGCAGAUGGUGGUCCUUGGCCAAGAAUGUUGAAGACAUUGAAAUUGGUUUUCUACUAAGCUGUAAAAACUGAGGCAAGCUGGAAAAGUAUGGUAGAGCAGGGGAGGGGUUUGUGAGAUCCCUUCUAGUGAAGUUCAUCCUCAAACUUUUCAGGGUUAAAGACACAAGAGUAAUUCAGGAGCCACAACCUAAUAGCUCAGAGCUCUCCUAUCCAUUCAGAGAAGUCUCUAAGAAAAGGGAUUUCAUAUCAGUUCUUAUACAAAAUUGAAUAUAAGCCUCCCUUUCUAAAUAAAUCUGCAGCAAGUCAUCAUAGCCUCCUUUUUGGAUACUAUAACUUGAUUUUUUUUUUUCUGACUUACAAUGUGCAUAUGGCUUCUACUGGGAUAUAAAAAGCAGAAUAACUUACUUUGGAGAAGGAAGAAAAUAGUUAACUUUUAACUGUUAAGGUAACAAAAAUAUAUUUAGUGAAUGUAGUCUCUUUCCUCCUAAGAACACAAGACUUCUACAUGUCAGGUAAUACCUAGAGAUGGAUGCAGGCAUAAUCCAAAAUGACCCAAAUUCUGCAAUAGCACCAUUUUAUAUUCCUUUUGAAUGAUUUCUGCAGUAUGUUAUUGACUUCAGUUGAGGGUUUUUUGUUUUAUUUUUGUCCCCCUGGAAAAACAUAUUUCAGAGUGUGGAAGAGGGAGGAAAAAAGUUUCAUUCAUUUCAGAGAAAAACCUAUUUAGCCCAGUAGGGUAAAAUUUUAAAAUGUCACUUAAAGUCUUCAAAGUGCUUUGGGGGAUAUCAGAUUCCAUAGGCCAGUUGUAGCAAUUGAAAUAUGCAGAAUCAAUUAUAUAAAUUUGAGGAAAAUUAGUAUUAAAAUUACAAUGACUAUAUUUUUUAUAUCACCCAACUUUGUAAAGUAUACCUAUUUUGGGCAAUCUUAUUUUCAGGAAAGGCAAAACUUUGCAGCUAAAUGAUUGCCGAAAGAAAGUGGUACCUAAACAGGUGAGAAAAGACGGCCUCUGAACUAGGGUAGAUCCAGAAUCAUGAAUCAUCUGCACCACAAAAGGUGUUAGACUACCAAGCAGCUCCUGGUUUUCUGCAUAGUAUUAGUAGCACAGCUUAGGAUGAGAAUCCUUCCUCUGAUAACGUUCUUAAAAUAGCAUGAAAAACAAUGCAAAACUCAAAUUUCUAUUAAAACGCACAAACUAAAAUCAAGUGGUUUUUUUUUGUAGAUUAGGAAGAAGGGCUGAAUAUCUAAUUUAAGAGAAGACAUAGUGUUCUUCUAAGUGUUAUAGUAUGUAAACUAAUACCUUCUAAAGGAAAGACAUGCCAUGAAGAUUGUGCAUAUUUACAAUGCUAAGGAAAAAUCGAGAGAAAAGAACUAUGAGGCUCUGCUGCUAGAUGAAGUUGGAAGUACUAUUAAUGUGCUUCUUGAAGUGUCAGACAUGAAAAGGAAAUUAAAAUUGUUUAAGCCUGACAGGGAAGGAUGUAAAUACAAGUUUUUCUAGAGCUAUCUAACAUUUAUUUCAAAACUGGAGUUAUUCAUCCAUUUGUAAUUGUUAAUAAUUUAGUAUAUGUAGUUCAUAAGGUAAUAGAAAAGGUGAUCAUGAAAGCAUGUAUAUAACUGGACAGAACCAUGAUAAUGCUAUAAGAUGUAGAUUUAGUUAGGUUAUCAGAUGUUAAAUGAUUUUAUUAUUAUUAAAUAAACUAGAAAACUAACCACAAGUAUAACAAAGUUAAAUGCAGGACAUAAAAAUGUAGAAUGGAUUUUGCCUAGUGAAAAAAUAAGUUUGCCAUUUAAAAUUGUUGUUUGUUGGGUUUAGCUGAAAGUAGACAUAUAUGGUUCCACUUGUUAAAAAAUUGCUUUAAAGCAUUACAAUGAACAAUUUUUUCUCACUCUGUUAUUCCUUUGUCACUUUUUAAAUGUAAAAAAAAUUAUUUUUUUUUAAAUAAACACCACCUUGCAGAAUUUAACAGGCAAACAUGUUACAUAUGGCUAAGUAAGGGGUCUUCAAGAUGAAGUAAAGAAAAUGUAAAUGUUCUAUUACCUUAUUCAGAGACAAAAGAAGAUGAAUGAUUUAGCAAACAAGCAAAAUACAUUUAAUUUGUGAUAUGUCCUUUCCUUUCUCACUAUGCCCUCUUGCCUCCAAAAAUGACAACAAAGAAUCACAACUUUUCUGAUAAAUAAAUGCUGAACCAAGCAUUUCAAACUACUGCAUUGCCAUUCUUUUGGACUUUAGUUAUUAGAAUGAUGAUUGUUAUAGGGCAAAUGAGAAAUCCAGGUGUAUCAGCUUUUAGUUGUUUAAAAAGCCAGAUAAAUGAACUUCUACUGUACAUACUGUGGGCAGAGGAUCCUGCUGUGCCUCUCUGUGUACAAGAACUUUGGUGUAUAUCAGUUUGAAGGACAGCCCUGCCCUAUCUAAACAUAUAAAUGCAGAUUGGUAUCCCCUGGUUGCCAUUUGUUUAAAACAAAUAUACAGACGUAGAUCAAGUGUAAUUGUAAAAGAUCAUUAUCAGUGGAGACCCGCUUAAUACUACUGAUACUACAAUGAGGCCAGCUUUUAUACUUCUGGGUAGAAUUAAUAGUUUUUCCGAUCCCAGAGAUGCCUUUGCAAGAAGAGUUAUCUCUGCAGUUGGAAACAAGAAGCUGUCCGGCCAGGGCCUGUUGUGUUUAUAUGGGCAAAAAAUUUUUUUUAGCAGUGUGAGCUGCUUUUUUCUUUUCAUUAAAAGUCUAAAGUAAUAGAAAUUUCAGAUAUUUGGUUCAAGUCUCACUGAUUUUGUAGAGGUCCAAAAAUGUAGGAUCUGUCACUUUUGCAGGCUCCUGCCUCAUCUAAUUCCUGGCGAGGUGGUAUUUUGGGCAGAAGAAAAUGCUUCUGUAGUCACGAGCUAAAAUGACUCUAAGCCCCAAUUUCAUGGGGGUAUUCACAUGCUUCUUCUGGAAAAUACUCUUUGACAGUCAGCUUUGCAAGUAAGUAAUUAUCUCGUUAGGCAUCACAGAAAAAUGUAUUUCUCUCUGACCUUGAGAGGAAAAUAGAAUCUUUCCCUUUUUAGCCCAUUGACACAACUGGCACUGUUCUCUUCCCUUUCUACUAUCCUGAUCCAACAUAGGCCACCUGAUGCUGUCCUGUCCCUUUCUUAAGUCAUAGUGGAUCUCUGAGCUGCCACACUCCGCGUUGUGAAACACUGACUUCAUCUUUGCCCUCGAAUACCCGAUUUUUUCAUAAGGGAUUCUAGCAAUUUGGACACUAUUUAAAUGAAUUUUCAAACUACUGCAUAGAGAAUAUUUAAGCUAUUAAAAUUAUGGUUUCCCAUGAUCGAUUGAUUCUGUGUCCUUCCCUAUAGGAAUUUAAGAUAAGAUAGUCCUAUGAGGAAUCUUGAAAUUCACAUACGUGCACAUACCCUUGGUAGAACUUUAAUCUUUACAUAAAAGCUGUACAUAUAAGUUAUUUUUGCCAGCAAAUUAACUUAUUUACUUUAUUCAUCUUAUUUUAUUCUUGAUCGCAAACAUUUUGUAGCUGCUGUUUCCCCCCCCCCCAUGAGGAAUUUUAUUAUCAUAAAGGUAAAGGCUAUUCAGCUUUGAGAACCACCUGCAAUUCUUUUUUGGCUCAUUCAUCCGUCUAACAAACACAUAAUGAGCGCAGUUCAUGUUAAUGAAAAUCUAUGUUGUCUAACAGAAUGUUAUCCUUUAUCUACUUUUGUUCUUUACAUUUUUCUUUUCAUGCUCUAGUGAGCUUUCCCUCUAUCAUGAGAAGUGGUUAUAUUUGUGCAAAUACACAAAUAUAGGAAAACAAAGAUUCAUACCUGUAGGCAAUAGUCUAACUUGUCCAAAGCACUUUGCCUUUAGUGCUAUUUUUAUCCCUAAUGUAUAGAUGUUUCCCCCAGGCCUAUAGCCUUUGUGAAGAAAAGCAAAAUCAUACCUCCUAGAUAUUGACAUGAACCUGGUUUUCAAGUGUCAUUUCCAUAUUUUUCAGUUAAUAGGGGGGUUGUCCUUUUCCCUUAAUGUGAGAGUCAUUCUCCUGUAUAUUUCUGGAUCUCUCAGGGGCUGGGAGGGGGGAGUGAGGGGACUACAACCAUAGCACUCCAAGAACCUUUUUUGGGAUUACUCCAGUUAUCAACUAUGAAAGUUAUUUUCUAAAUGUAGAUAUGUAAGCUGUUCUUUUAAAGUAAGGUACUUUGAAAUAUGUAGCAUAAACUGGUACUGCUGUUAAAUGGGUCGAUUAUUAAACGGAGCAGCUGUGUGAGGGCAGCUAACUUUGAAUGCAUGUCUCCCUGGCUGUUGUGUCUAUUUCUCAUGUUGAGGGCACCAGGAAUUGCGUGGCUGCAUGUUGAAACUGCAUUUUCACAUGGUAUGACUAGUUCAUCUCUUUCUUGAGCACCAUUACAACAAGAUCAAAUGAAAAUGAGAUCAACGUGCAAGACAAUUCAUAGCACAGGAAAAGUCAUCUUAAAUCUACUCUCAAACACUCAUCUCAUACAUGCAUCAAAGUAAUUUAUUGACAUCAGUUUGUGUGAGAGAGGGACUCACUUUACUGAAAAGGCAGAGGCUUAAGGUAUACACAUUUGUGUUCAUUUCCUUAUUUUCUUAACUUGUAAGCAGAAAGCAAGCCCUCUCUCUUGUGAAGUAUCUUCAAAGGACUGGGGUGCAAAAAUACCUUGCUGGUAAGCCAUCAAUGUUUAAUUUAAAUCCAUGCAUUCAAAGUUAGCUGCCUUUUUGAAACAAACAAAAAAAUACUACUGUAUGUUUGAAAAUGUGAAUAGUAUUUUUAUAGCUUGUUAAAGACAUGGCUAGUUGCAUUUGUAAAUAAGUAUAAUGUUGCUUUGAUUAUCUUUUGUGGACAUCUUUAUUUGGAACAUAAUUGUCUUUAGGGUUGAUUUGUAUAUAAGUAAUUGGCUUGUGACUGUUUCUUUUUUGGUUGGAAGCUAUCAUUUUGACAUUACUUGUGAUUCUGUGUUCAGCACUAUUGUGAUGUGUUCAACCUCUGCACUCGCUUACACAAUAGGAUAUGCCAAUUGUGUGUGGUGUAAUGUUAUUUUGAUUUUUUUCUAUGUUGUUGAUGAAGGAUUAUGCACCUAACACAUACUAACUUUUUUAAUGUUAGGUAUAUUUUUAGUAUACUUUCUCUUAUUCUUUUUUCUUCACCAAUCUUCUACCCAUUCUCCUUCCUUUCCCUUAUUCCUGUUGUUAUUUGAGAAUGAGGGAGAAACAGUAUUUUAAACUUAUGUAAUUAGGCCUUUCAGUUAGUUCUCAAGGAUCCUCUUUUGGCUCUUGGGAAAGAAUUGUACCUGUACAAGGCAAUUAUAGAAUGCGAACUGCUUUGCCUCAUUCCAUACUGAUCAUCCCAGCUGAACAAUUUGAAAACUGUUCUGCCUUUUUGUUACAUGAAUCUGUCAGAAAUAUAUUUUUAAUUUAAUAUAAAUGAAAUUCAAUAAAAUAUGAAACAAAUGUU